UAACUCUCAGCAACCUUUAGUAGGAAAUGCAGGCCAACCAAUGGCUCCUCAGAACCCACCACACAAUUACCCUCCUCCUCCCCCAGUUCAAGCAACUGGUCAGCAUCCAACAGAACCUGCUCAGUACCCAACAAGCCAACCCGUGGCUAACCCUGCUUACCAGGGAAUUCCUCAGCCUCAGCCAGCUCCAAACCAAAGAUAUCCUCCUCAGCAAUUUGGAAGUGGAGGAUCUGCUCCUAGAGCUACUCCAGCAAUGUUCAGAGGAGUCGUCACUUCUGUGUUCUGUGAAUGCCCCAGCUGUGGACAGGCUACUCACACAAGAGUUGAGCAAGAAAACAGUGCAAUGCAAUGGAUCCUCUGUCUGAUAAUGUUCAUAGUUGGACUUUGGUGCUGCUGCUUCAUUCCUUUCUGUGUAGACAGUAUGAAGGCAGGAAAUCACUACUGCAGCAAUUGUGGUAGUUCUAUUGGUUUAAUUCAAGGAUAGACUUGUUUAAAUAAUAUUCAUCUAAAUCCUCUUGAAGUCUUUAUUGUUAAAGUUUUGAAAGGACUUGCAAGACAUCUUUACAAAUGACCAAACGCCAUUAAUACUUGGUUGGUAAAAUGACUAGCAUGGGCGUUUUAGAUUAUCCUUUUGAUAUUAGGCAAGAUCUCUGAGUAAAUUCAGUAU